CCCGCGCGCUCCAUCCAGCCCGGGCUGCAAGCGCCGCCGCCAAGUGCGGAGCAAGCGCGGGGACCCGGCGCGCCUGGCAGUUUCCAAUCCCGGGAAGCGCGCGGAGGGAAAGCCCCGAGGGACGCUUGCCAAAGCCGGUAGCGGGAGCACUAAACUGCGAGCGGAGUAACCUGCGGCGGCGUCUCCGUGAGGCUACACGCGGGAUGGCAUACAGAAGGGCGCGCUCUUCUGUUCCGGCGAGCGCCACCCCGGCGGCCCGGGAUGCCAAGAUGUCUGGAUUGCAAGCCUGCACCGUUUUGAGAGGGAGAUGACUUGAGUGACCGGCUGUUAUCUCCACAACAAUGUCCAUGAACGAUUCCAAACAGCCAGUGUCUCCUGCAGCUGGGCUCCUUUCAAACACAACCUGCCAGACGGAAAACCGGCUUUCAGUAUUUUUUUCUAUAAUCUUCAUGUCAGUGGGAAUCUUAUCAAACAGCCUUGCUAUUGCCAUUCUCAUGAAGGCAUAUCAGAGAUUUAGACAGAAAUCCAAGGCCUCAUUUUUGCUUUUGGCUAGUGGCCUGGUAAUCACAGACUUCUUUGGCCACCUUAUCAAUGGAACAAUAGCAGUAUUUGUAUAUGCUUCUGAUAAAGACUGGCUCCGCUUUGACCAAUCAAAUAUACUUUGCAGUAUUUUUGGUAUCUGCAUGGUAUUCUCGGGUCUGUGCCCACUUUUUCUAGGCAGUGUGAUGGCCAUUGAACGCUGCAUUGGAAUCACCAAACCAAUAUUUCAUUCUACAAAAAUUACAUCCAAACAUGUGAAAAUGAUGUUGAGUGGCGUCUGCUUGUCUGCUAUUUUUAUAGCUUUGCUGCCCAUCCUUGGGCUUCGAGACUACGAAAUUCAAGCAUCAAGAACCUGGUGUUUCUAUAAAACAGAACACAUCAAAGACUGGGAAGAUAGAUUUUAUCUUCUACUUUUUUCUUUUCUGGGGCUCUUAGCUCUUGGUGUGUCAUUCUUGUGCAACGCCAUCACAGGAAUUAUACUUAUAAGAGUUAAAUUUAAAAGUCAGCAGCACAGACAAGGCAGGUCUCAUCAUUUUGAAAUGGUCAUCCAGCUCCUGGCUAUAAUGUGUGUUUCCUGUAUUUGCUGGAGUCCGUUUCUGGUGACAAUGGCCAACAUUGGAAUAAAUGGAAAUCGUUCUCUGGAGACCUGUGAAACAAUACUUUUUGCUCUCCGAAUGGCAACAUGGAAUCAAAUCUUAGAUCCCUGGGUGUAUAUUCUUCUACGGAAGGCUGUCCUUAAGCAGCUCUACAAGAUUGCUAGACGCUGUUGUGGCGUGCAUGUCAUCAGCUUACAUGUUUGGGAGCUUAGCUCCAUCAAAAAUUCCUUAAAGGUUGCUGCUAUUUCUGAGUCACCACUUGCCGAGAAAAUAAGUCAGCAAGCACCUAGUUCAAUAGGACAGUAAGUCAGUGUAGGUAUAGAGCAAAAUUAAGAAAAGUUUCAGCAGUAUUUGAGUUAAUUUUAUACAUGAAUGUAUAACCUAACUGGAAAAUUCAGAUCUCAGCAUGUAGUUUGAGGGGUACUUUUGUGAGAUUUGGCUGUUGAAAUUUGUUAAGUUAACUGGAUAAUUUCAUGUUUUCACUUGCUUUCCAUUCACUUGGUGUAAACACAAUGAAAUAAUGCUGUGGGAGUCAAAUUGAAAGCAAUUUUGAGCCUAUCUGUGUGACCCAUGUUUUUGGAGUGAGUGAAUCUGUUGAGGCCUAAAGCAUGCACUUGUCCUAUUUGCCAGAGAACAUCUUAAUGCUACCUGUAUGUUGAAAUGGCUACUUUGGGGUUACUACUUUGCAGCUGUUCCUUAAGUCCAGAUGUAAUGAAAUGGACCCUCUCCCUCUUUUUUUUCUGGGCUGUUUUACCACUCACUAUGUAGUUUCAGUCAAUAAACAUAUGGUUACAUCACAUGGAAUUCACUGUGAGGCAUAUUAUAAUAGCAACCAAAUAUAGCUGGUCUGGAGGUUAAGUUGCCAGAUCUAGGGAUUUAUUUAGAGUGAGCCCUUCCUAUUUGACAAAUAUGAGCACUUGCACUUAUUACUAC